AUGGCUUCGUUUGUUUCCGAGAAUGUUGCGGCUGAGAAAGUUGAUGCCAUGAGGAGGUUCAAGGAAAAGAGAAAGUUCUGGAAGUUUCUUCCGGCUAUUGAAGCUCUCGUCGUCGUCUUACUUCUACUCUCUUGGUUGACUCCGACUGUCUCCACCGGUGAAUAUCUUCGGCAGAUUGUUUCCACUGGCUUUACGGGCGAAAUAUUCUUGUUCAGCGUCGUGAACGUUCUCAUCGCCCUGAUCUUCUCCUUAUCUAACCACCAUAAGCUAAGCGAACCUGAUCUGUACUUUGAAUACGUUUCCUCCUACUCCUCUGCAUCUCUCGGCGGUUGCUCCUCCGCUGAUGCUCCCGGCGGUUGCUCUUCCUCUGCCGUAGUCUCAAAAUCGUCGGGGUCUUAUCACAAUGAAGUAAAGACUUCAGAGGUAAAGCUAGAGACGGACUUUACCUCCGGUACCGGAGAGGCUCGACCGAGGCGAGAGAUGGUCCGGGCGAUUAGCUCGGUGGCUGAGACAGCUCAUGCUACUAUAAGGAGGAAACGUGAAAUGAUGUUUGUGCCCCUAGCUACUAGUGAGAGUGCCACUGAUCGUCUGGUUUACAGGAGGUCGAGAUCAGAGAGGCUUGACCUACGGGGAGAUAUUCGUCGGAACAUAAGACGGUUGAGCGACAUAGAUGAUCUGAGUAGCGAUGAGUUUAGAUCAACAGUGGAGACGUUUAUCGCUGGGAAGAAGAAGAUGUUGUUGAAGGAAUGGAUGAAGCCGUGA